AUGCCAAAGUUAAAGAAUUUUGUAUUUAGUAUUCACUCCAUUAUAAAUCAUCUUGAUUUUUCAAUUAAUUUACCAUCAAAUCAAGACAUUCAACGUACAUUUAAAGAUCUUGAAGAUUAUCAAAUUGUUUCUUAUAUCGAUUAUUUUCCAAAUGAAAAAAGUGGUCGAUGUCAUAUCUAUACGUGUCCAUCUCAAAUGAGAUAUUAUUACAAACUUGCAAAUAGUUUUCCAGAUGGAUUAUUUAAAUCCGUUCGGCACAUAUUUCUCUGCGAUAAACGUCCUUUUGAAUUUGAAUUUUUCAUUCGAAUUGCUCAAGCAUGUCCAUUCCUUAAAACAUUAGUUAUGGAAAAUGAAUCACCACAAAACUAUGAACAAUUUCAGAAAUCAAACGUCGACAAUCGAAAUUUACCAAUUAUUAAAUAUCCUCAUCUUACUUUACUCAAUCUCUUGUGCACCCAUAAUGAUUACAUUGAACAAUUUCUAGAUAAUACGAAAACUUGUCUAUCAAAUAAUAUUCAUCUUGUCGUCGAUUAUGAUUCUUUACAAACAGUGACAUACAACUUUACAAGGAAUAGAACGCGAGUUAAUUGUAGCAAAGUCAAUAAGUUAUCUGUGUAUGAUAAAUUGGUUACUUUCAAACAUCUCAAUGAUUAUUUUCCUCAUGCAGAAAAUAUAAGAUAA